UUCCACCUAAUUUCUCUGCACGCAAAGUCAGUGAUUUGGCAGGUUGCUCGUUCUUGAAUUGAUUGAUACCCAGAUGAGAUCUAUGUGUGCAUGCAUGUUCUUCCUUCCCGUCUUAUUGUUUCUUAUAGCAUGCAUGUGAGACUGCAUGAUUGAUCCAUUCUCUGCCCUCUCUCUCUCUCUGCGCCCUUACCAUUUCUCUAUUGGUAGCGGUUGAUGCUGUCGACUACCAAAUACACAUUAUAGAUUUGAUAAAGCUGCACAAAUCAGAGCAUGUUUGAUUCCGCUCCUCCUUCCACGACAACAAGAAGCUGCCAUCUUUAACUUCCUCGUGUUCAUUGCCUCGCCAGUCAAGGUUUCUCGAAUUUUGCUGAGGGAGCGAGUGAUGGAGGAGAGCGGCGGAGUGGUUGCAGAACAAGUAGCGGCGGCGAGGACGCGGGCGGCGGUGAAGCAACUUCACUUCGGUGAGGGCGAGGAGAUGAAGCUGGCGGCGGUGGCAGAGAUUAAGAAGGUCGUUGCUGGGGAUACACAAGAGAAGCGGCGAAUGGCGGCGCUAGGAGUCAUCCCGCCGAUGGUGGCGAUGGUGGCGGAGUUGAAGGAUGAGCAUCGCCGGAGGCUGGUGGUUGAAACGCUUGAGCAGUUAGCUCACGGCACAUUCAAGAACAAGGCACUCAUCGUGGAGGCUGGAUUGCUGGUCAAACUGGGAGGGCCCAAGGUCAACUCCUCUGAGCUCGAAAAGACCCAAUGUUUGGCUCCCCUGCUUUCGUCCCUCUCCUCCCUCGCAAAGACGGAAUUCCCAAUUGACGCGAGGCAAAUGCUGCCUUUUCUAAUCCAAAUCCUCAACUCUAAUGCAACUACAAAGCAAUCCAAGCUCGCUUGCGUAGCCGCGCUCUACAACCUCUCCACGAAGCUGGAGAACAUCAAAGCCAUCGUUUCCAGCGGCGCCGUCCACGAACUCCUCAAGUUAUCCCAGAACCGAGUCAUUGGCGGCGGCGGCGGCGCGGAGGGCGCUUUGUCGACUCUGAGCAACUUAAUGCUGAGCGAAACAGGGAAGCGCGCCAUCGCUGACGACCCGAUCGCCGUAGAAGCUCUAAUGGAGACGAUGGCGCGGGAGGACGAGCCCAAGUGCCAAGAGCUCGCCGCAUACUUGCUGAUGGUGGUGGCUCACCGGAGCAACGAGCAGAGGAGGCGGAUGGCGGAGCUGGGGAUAGUGCAACUGGCCCUGGAGGUGGCGUUGUUGGGAUCUCCCCUGGCGCAGAAGAGGGCGCUUAAGAUGCUGCAGUGGUUCAAGAACGAGGGCAGGGAGCGGAUUCGAGGGCAUUCCGGGCCACAGCCGGAGGAGUUACUGACUUCAGCGGACUCGUCAACUUGCGAGCGACAGCUGAGGGAGUGCAAGAAGGCGGUGAGGAGGAUGGUGAAGCAGAGUCUGGACAGGAAUAUGGAGGUGAUCACGAGGAGAGCUCAUGCGCCGGAGGGCUUCUCUCGUUUGAAGACUCUGGCGGCCACUUCCAGUUCCAAGAGCUUGCCUUGCUGAACAUGAAUCGGCCCAAUAACAUUUGUGUGUUCUUGGGCUGGCACGGCAAAUUCCUGCCUUCACCUACUCCUCCUGCUGACAUGAAUUGGCAGAGCAGAGGAAGUGGCGAUGAUUGGCGACAAGUCCAUUAUUAAUCUUCGCCCACUUGCCAACACUCUCGAUGAUGUCCUUUUCUUCCUAUGCCUCUUCUCCUCGUUCCUGUUCCUAUCUGAUCUCACUCCGAAGCAGCAGCACUGCAGCAGCUGGUAGCCUAUGCGAUCCAGCAAUGCGUUGACACAGGCAGAAAUAAGUAGCCGAAACAGAUAGAAUUAAAGAGCUGGUACUGCAUCAUUUUCAACUUGAAAAUUUUAGCUCUUAACUUUCAACUAAUUCUUAGAUUGCAAGUGUGGCUAAUUCAGUGCCUUGCAUGGCAGGUUGCAAGUCUUUGUCACGGAAGAAUACGCAAACUAGGUUAGUAAGAAGCGAUAGUAUCAUUAUGGAAUCAUUGGUGGAAGAAGAGAUUUAGAAACGAGUUGCAUUAUUGUAUACACAUGGUGUGUUCAGUAUAGAAUGUGACAGGAGAUAUGAUGGUCGAUGAUUGAAGCAUGCCAUCGAAUGCUCUCAUUGCACAGUAGAAUAUUAGCAGUAAGACAUCUCUUGGAAUCGAUUGCUGCCUAAUUUCCUUGGUCUGUUCUGAAGAACGCAUUCUUUAAUUUUUCUUCUUCUUCUUUUCCUUUUCGGUGAGAAAAUAUAUUGCAUUUGCAUUUGUUUUCUCAGGACUUUUUGUUUCUUUCUGAUUUAUGAAGCAUCGAAGGAAUUUAAUUUAUAGUU